AUCGAAAGGAGAAACGUGACACGAGCGUGAAAGGCGAAAAAGUAAAAAGCGCUCGGAACAAGGCCGGGCAGGAGCGCCAGGACCCCAAGCCUAAAGAGGAUACAGGCUCGGACACGUCCAACUCCAAGCUCCCCGAGACACCGAAUUUAAAUGAGAAAGUAGACACAAGCACAACAGGAGUAAUAUCUUCACCGGAGGCCGGCGACGUGUUGAAGUGCGAGAAGCUGCAGAAAAAUGCUGCCGAGUCGUGGUUGGGCUCUCCUAGUAGCAACGUUGGGUUGGCGGGAAAGGUCGUCGACCGACUCGGAGACGCGGGCUCAUCCACAACAGUGCCUAUUUUUCAACAAGCUCCGAAGGUGGAACCGGCGUCGCUUGUUGCUACUAGUAGCCCAGGAACUAUAACAGCCGUUGUCAGCAGCAAACUUUUUUCUGAAGAAGUAGAGGCAGCGAGAAAUAAAACGCAGCUUUUUCUGGGCGACAAACAUCAGAUCGCUAAGCAGGAACAGGUCGAGCAACUGAAGAACCAGGCUGCGGACGAAAAACUGGAAGUUCAUCCAGUCCUCUCAACGAGUUCAGUUGUGCAAAUGGAACAAGAGCAGCUGCAGCAGCAGACGAAAGUCGAAACUGCGUCCGACGUCGCAGCAGCUUCAUCGAAAGCGAGUGUCGAG